AUGGAGCCCACAGCUACAGGACGGACGGAGAAGAGUUUCAGCUAUGUGGUCAGGGCACCCAGCAGCGAUGGUUUUGAUGUAAUGAAUGUGGAUGUGAAGAUCGACACAUGCUGGGUAUUUCAGGAUGCGGAGGACAGUGGUGAAGAGCGGGGCUGUCCUGCGGACGAAGCUGCUGGAAGCCCCGAUGUGGACCCAGGCACACUCAGGAAGCAGCUGGAAUCCUCUGAGGAGAAGCUGUUGGCCGCUGUGGACCAGUACAUGAUGUCUGAGUCCGAGCUAAGGAGCAGGAUCCAGGAGCUGGAGCUCUCCGAAAGACACCUUCUCCGGACGGUGGAGCUGCUGGGUGCCCGUGUGACACAGGAAAGGAGCGCCACUGUGCGAGCCCAGGAGACGCUGCAAGCCCUGCGGCGGGAGGUGGCCAGCCAGGUUCUGGAAAAGGAGCGUGCAGCUCGGCGGCUGCGGGAGCGGCUGCGGCGCAAGGACGAGGCGCUAGGGCGGCAGGCGGCGGCUCUGGAGCGCUGCCGGCGGACCCAGCGGCUCCAGCUGGGCCUGGUGCGCGAGCAGGAGCGCGGCCUGCGGGAGCAGGUGCAGCGGCUGGAGCGGGAUGUGCGGCGCCUGUGUCGCGCGUCUGGCCUCUUGCUGGCCGAGCUGGAUGUCCCGGCCCCAGGCAGCCCCGGCAGACUCGGCCCGGCCGGCCCCCGGGAUGACCCCGGCAAAGCCGCGGAGCUGCGCGCUCUGCAGGCGCGGGCGGAGCGCAGGGAGCGCGAGCAGGAAGAGGCGGCGCGCCGGAUUCGGGAGCAGCGUGCCACCGAGCGCCGGCUCCGCAUGCAGCUGGAGGAUCUGCGCUGUUACAUCUAUGAGCUCAAGCUGUCGGAGAUCGGCCUGCAGGGCCAGGUGGAGGACCUCGCGCAGCAAAACCAGAGCCUGCGAGAGGCCCUGGGGGCCCAGGCCCCAGGGGAGAGCGCACGCAGCGACGCCGCUGCUGGCCACUGCAGCCCGGCUCUGUGUCUGCGAGAGGAAAGCCCUGGAUACGAAGGGCAAGAAGAGAAGGAGGAGGAGGCAGCGCCUCUAGAAGUGUCCAGUCUGGGCUACAAGGACAUCCCAGAGGAACCUGGCCCCAUGGAAUGUGCAGGCCAGGGUACCCUCUUCUCAGUGGCAGAGGAAGGACUGUCUCCCAGAUUGGGAGACCCAGUCUUUCCACCCAAGGGGACCGAACACACCAGUAACUCAUGGGCUCUAAGCGAAGGACCUGGCAGUUCUGAGCUCAGACUAGACAAAUUUGAAAAGGAGAUGGAGGCUUGUUUCCAGCAACUCUCCAUCCUGGAGCUUGGAGGAGACGGGCGGUGGCCACAGGCCUCCAUGCUGGUGGGAGAGAGCACAAACUCUGCUUGGAAAUGGCCCAGCUGCCAGGGGAAGCCUUCCUCCCAGCGGGCUUUGGGAAACCAGGGCUUGGAUGUUUGUUUGGCCAGGGAAGUCAAACCCGGGGAGGCUAGUGAAAAGGUUAGACCAGAGGAGACUGAGGCCUUGGGAACCAGCGCGGUUCUUCCUGAGAUGGUGCCUGAUUUGGAUGAUGUGAGGCUGGGCCCAGAAUGGCCCUCUGAGCGAGGUUGGAACUGGCCUCCAAGAGCCCUUGAAAGGCAGAAGAGAAGGUUCCAGCAGCUCAUUGCUGGACUGAAAAGAGAGAGAAGCCAGGUUUUACAUGACAAUGCUGAGCUUUGGGGUGACCGAGAGAGAUUCCGUAGAAAAGUGAGUGUUCUGGAAAAAGAGAUGGACAGAAAUGGGACAAAGAUCGCCACACUUGAACGGGAAAACAGCAUGCUGUUAGGGGACAUCUCGCACUUAAAGGGGGAACUGGACCAAUGUUGGCAGGUCAUUUCUGACCUUGAGGACUGCAAUGGGAAAAGUUACUGCAAAAUUUCUGAGCUUGAAGAGGAGAACGAGAAGCUGAAAAGGCACACGGCCCAGCUGCAGAAAGCCGUGUGGGAGAGCCUCAGAAAAUCCAAAGGUGUGAUGGAGCGCGUCACUCUGGGAAACCAGGAGCUCAAGGCACUGAUCUCAGAGCUCGGGGUUGGUUACAAAGAGCUGAUGAAGAGCAUAGUGCUGGGAAUAGAAGACACGGUCCGGGCUUUCAGCGGGGAGAAUGCUCACCUUCUACACAGAAUCCGUGUCCUGGAGACGGAAGUCGCCUUGGGGGAGAGCACAGCAGUGCGGCACGUAGUGAGAGCAGAUGAGGGUCCGUGGGGGGAAAGUAAGAUGUGGGGGGACAAGGGGACCGCUGUGGAAAAGGGGGUGCAGGUGACUCAGCUCUCAGGGCAACUGACCGCAGGAGCCCAUGGGCCACCCAUGGAGGAGAAAUCGGGUGCAGCUGGCAGGUGUAUGGGGCCUUCCUUAGGCAUGGAGAAUUCCAGAUACAGUGCCAAUUCUGCCGCUCCAUCCUUGGUCUGGGGAAGUGCCGAGGUGUCCAGUGUCCCACAAGGACACAUCCAUGGAGCAGGAGUAAAAGAAGCACAUUUGGAAGAGGAGAAGGAAAGACCAUGGUGUUGUGCGAACCCAGCGCAAGCUCUGACGGCCCUGGACAAUGGCCCCCAGCUGCGGGACCCAGAGGCAGACCCCCCGACAGAGGACCUGAGGGUUUGCGUGGGGCAGCUCCAGCACCGGGUGCUGACCCUACAGUGCCAACUCAGAGACCAGACGUCUGCCCACCGCCAGCUGCAGGAGGCACUUGGGGAAGCCGCCCGCCUCCGGGACCAGCUCCAGGGCGAGCUUGAUGAGCUUCAGAAAAAGCAACACGAGGCCAAUUUUGCUGUGGCUCCUUUAAAGGCCAAGCUGGCUUCCCUGGUCCAGAAGUGCCGGGAGAGGAACUGCCUGAUCACACACCUGCUUCGGGAGCUGCGCAGACACGGGCUGGAGGACCAGCUGCUUUCUGAGAUGGCACAGAGCAUGGUGGACGACGUGGCACUGGCCGAGUAUGCAGCCACCUUCCCGGCUUCGGGGCUCCCAGAGUCCAGCCACCAACCGGAUGUUGAGCCCGAGAAGGCAGCUGCUGUAAGAGCUCAGAAAUACCACCUGAAUCCCAAAAUGGACAGUGUCCUCAUCCAAAGACCUCUGCAUUCAGAGUCCUGGCCUGUUCCCAAGGCUGAGUGGCCAGCACAGACAGCUCGACUGCAUUCUCUGAAGGGUGGACGCCUGCUCCUGGAGUGUGCCUGGCUGCAGACCCUGCCGAGCCAGCGCUCCCCUCACAGUGCCUGCAGGAAGAAGGUGGACCGUCCUGUCUUGUCCCCCAAAAUGAUGGACUCCCACCACCCUCUGAGCUCCUGA